UAAUGCUUCACAUCCAUCAGCAAGCCUUUCAUCUUUUGAUAUGCACUUAUACAGGUGGAGAGAACGUGCUGAAGAGGAUGACCAUCAUCGGGGUGAUCCUGUCCUUCAGAUCCAUGGCACAGGACUGUCUGAAAGAAGUCCUGAAUAAGCACUGUCCGUACCUGAUCGGGCCCAUCGAGUGCCUGAGAGACUUCAUCUCUCCUGAAACGGACAUCAAGGUGACUCUGAGUGUUUUCGAGCUGGCUUCUGCGGCAGGCUUUCCAUGUGAUAUUGAUCCUGCCCUGGUCGCAGCCAUCAGAAAUAUGCAGACAGAUAACACGUCAGUUGAUGAGGAGUACAAGCUGUCCUGUCUGCUGCUGGUGUAUGUCGCCGUGUCCCUGCCUACCCUGGCCCUGGACCCCAACUCUUUCUACAGCCGAGAGCAUGGAGGUCACAACAACAACAUCCACUGUUUAGCUACAGCUAUCAACCAGCUGGCUGCUGCCAUGUUCACCGUCCAGAACAAGAACAUAGAGCAGCACCUCAAAGAGUUUCUCCUGCUGGCCUCCUCCACUCUGCUUCAGUUGGGACAAAAUGUGGAAAGAAUGGAGAGCAAAAACCGAGAGUCCGUCUACCUGCUCCUACAUUUGAUUGUGGAGGAGUCUCCGUUCUUGAGCCAGGACAUGCUGGAGAGCUGCUUCCCGUAUGUUCUUCUCAGAAACGCCUACAGAGAAGUGUACCGGAGCUUCAUCGUCACUCUGGGCUGAGGAUUUCUUUGAUGUAUUCUAUAUUUUUCCAAACUAUAUUUGAAUAUGCUUGCAUAUUUUGUUUUUAUUGCCCUGAGUCUCUUUUUCAUACACUUCUAUGCAUUUCCACCAAGUUAACCAUAGCUUCCUGUGGUUUUGUGUUGUUUUACAAACUCUAGAAAUACUUUUAUGGUGCUUAUCUAAUCUAAUCUUAUGUUGUGUUGCUGUUUUAAUAGGGUUACUUUUUAUAUUUUAUUUUAUUUCCUUUUUAUCACCACUGUAAAGUGUCUUUGAGCACCCGAAAAAGCGCUGAGAAAUCAAAUGUAUUAUUAUUAUUAUUAUCUGCCAGUAUUAUACUAUACAUUUGCUGUAGUAUUACUAAAAUUAGCUUGAAUAAUUUAAAUGCAAAUCCGACAUGUGUUGAUAUAUCACUCUUUCAUUUUACACACCAGUGCCAUGACAUAAAGUUCAAUAAAGAUUUCUCAUUAUUUUAAU